CAGUUUGACAGCUGAGAAAAUAUUGCCCCGUUUUUCAGUUCUCACGAACCCAAACACGGUGCACCGUUUGAUUAAAUACAAAAGAACUGCACCAAACGCCUUCGUACGUUUACACGGUAAAGGUAACGCAAAAUGUCCCAAUUUAAUCACGGCUAGUGGCAGCAGUCAAGCAACUCCGCGUAUCGCGUUUAAAUUUAGCUGUUAGUACUAGCGCGCGUGAAGAAGGAAAUCGUUCAAGCACGGUUACCCGGACGCGAAUGUCGUCAUUGCGUCGCACAAUGGCGCUCACGCGGUAUCAUCUGCACAAGCGGACCUUUGUCGGGUUUGUGCCGCUGCUGUGUGCCUUCCUGCUCGGCAUGCUGGUGACGGCCCUGAUUGCCAACACUAACCCCUCCUGUGCGCCGGUGGGCCGGGUGUACGAUCCGGAAAAUUCCUACUUUCUCAUACUGCUGAUCGUGACAGCGCCCGAAAACUUUGAACGCCGGACGACGAUCCGCGAAACGUACCUGAACCUGCGGCCGCGCAUGAUCAACGAAAGCUACCAGGAGGAGCUGAUACACAUUCCACCGUACAAUGAGCGGGGCCACCUGCAGCACGAAUCGGUCGAGGUGCAACGCACGCUGCUGACCAACUAUCGAGCGUGGCUGCAGAAGCCGAUCAAAAACAUUAAGGUGAUUAAUUUCAAGAUUAAGCCACUGUUCGCGAUCGGUAUGCACGGGCAGCCGAAGAAUAUACGACGCGCCAUUUACGAGGAGCAGCGCGUGUUUGGGGACAUUCUCGAGCUGGAAGCGUUGCAGGAUUCGUACGCGAACUUAACGAGCAAGCUGCUGCACAGCAUGCGGAAGAUCGACGCCAAGUAUGACUUUCGAUAUUUGGCCAAGCUGGACGACGAUACGUACGUGAAGCUGGACGUGUUGGCCGAGGAUUUGUUGAGCUAUUAUGAAAAGCUGCACCAGGUGCAGCAGCAGCAGCCACACCCGAACAAAGGCCCAAUGGAGCUGUACUGGGGCUAUUUCCGUGGAGCGGCCACCAUACAAAAGCAAGGGGCGUGGCAGGAGAAAGACUACAGCCUGUGCGAUCGGUACGGUCCGUACGCACUGGGCGGAGGUUAUGUGCUGUCGAAGGGAUUAGUCUCCUACAUCGCUACCUACGCCGACCAGCUGAGUAUGUACAAGAGUGAGGACAUUGCGGUCGGGACGUGGUUGGCACCGUUCCGCAACAUCCACCGACGGCAUGACGUUCGAUUCGAUACGGCAUGGAAGCCGCGUGCCUGCAAGGACUAUCACAUGCUGCUGCACAAACGUACCGCACGGCACAUGCGUGAUCUUUACGCGGGCGAAAUGUGUACGCACGAGGAAGAUAAACCCACGGGCGCACUACCGAGGGAGUAUUAUUACGAUUGGACGCAGCCACCGAGCACGUGCUGCAACACGGCAGUAUAGGGAAGCAUGGGUCCACCAACCACAUAACGCACCACACGAGAAGCGCUGAAGGAUGUGAUCAGAAUCGGUUGCCAAGGACAACCACAUAUUUCAGAGCAACUAGGACUUGUGUGUGAAAUCUCGAAUUUGUACGAGGCAGCUACUUGUAAGUAGCAGGACCGACCAGCUAUGGCAGCCUUAUGCAUCUCGAUCAGGAUUAGAAUUAAGCCAUUUAUAGUAAUUACGAAAAAACAAAAUACGCACGGCAGCCUAACCACCACGCCACGCACACCGUGGCUGUGCCCAGUUGACUUAAAACCAAGUGAAAUAAAUUAUUUGUACCAAAAGAACAA